AUGGAGAGAGAUUACUGGUCAAAUUACACCCUGAAGAACACAUCCGGUCCAGAGUUAUUCACUCCAAAAAUAUUUCUGAUAUCACAUUUCAUCUCCGCUUCCUGUUUCCCAGGGGCUGAAGAAGGGGAGACGUGGCAGAGCAAUCAGUCCUCUCUGGCAGACUUCGUCCUGGAAGGGCUGUUUGAUGACUCUCUCGCCCACCUUUUCCUUUUCUCCUUGACCAUGGUGGUCUUCCUUAUUGCUGUGAGUGGCAACACCCUCACCCUUCUCCUCAUCUGUGCUGAUCCCCGGCUUCAUACACCCAUGUACCUCCUCCUCAGCCAGCUCUCUCUCAUGGAUCUGAUGCACGUCUCUACAACCAUCCCCAAGAUGGCGACCAACUACCUAUCUGGCCAGAAGUCCAUCUCCUUUGUGGGCUGUGCGACCCAGCACUUCCUCUAUCUGACUCUGGGUGGGGCGGAGUGUCUUCUCCUAGCUUUCAUGUCCUACGACCGCUAUGUUGCCAUCUGUCAUCCACUGCGCUACACUGUUCUCAUGAGCAGAAAGGUGACGGGAGUGAUGGCUGCCAUGUCUUGGUUGGGAGCAUCGCUGAAUUCCCUAAUUUACACGGCAAGCUUGAUGCGCUUCCCUUUCUGUGGGCCUCGGCAAAUCCACCACUUCUACUGUGAGUUUCCAGCUGUCGUGAAGUUGGUAUGUGGCGACAUCACUGUGUAUGAGGCCACAGUGUAUAUCAGCACCCUCCUCCUCCUCCUUCUCCCCAUCCUCUUGAUUUCUGCAUCCUAUGUCUUCAUCCUCCACAGUGUCAUUCAGAUGCGUGCAGCUGGGAGUAAGAGAAAUGCCUUUGCCACUUGCAGCUCUCACCUCACUGUGGUUUCCCUCUGGUUUGGUGCUUGCAUCUUCUCAUAUAUGAGGCCCAGGUCCCAGCGCACUCCACUGCAAGACAAAGUUGGUUCUGUGUUCUACAGCAUCAUCACUCCCACAUUGAAUCCGUUGAUUUAUACUCUCCGGAAUAAGGAUGUAGCUAAGGCUCUGAGGAGGGUGCUGGGGAGAAACCUUAUCACUCAAAGAUCGCAAGUGCAGUUAUCCUGA